CGCGUCCAGCUCUCUCUCUCUCUCUCUCUCUCUCUCUAUAUAGGUACCUUGGUGCUCUCAUGCACAUACGUACUAGCGUUCUCUUCUCCUCCUGAACAGUCACUAGCCGGCGCGCGGCUUAUUCAUUUAUACUUUUGAGCGCUCGCGCGUUCUCGUGCCCCUCUAAUGGGUUGUGGGUGCUUACCGUAGUUAUUUGUUGUAUCACCCAAGAGUCCCAUUGUCGUAUCUGUUGCCUCUUUUUUUUUUUUUUUUUUUUCCAUUGCACCCAUAGUUGCCCUCCUACAAGUAUUACGUACCCAUGUGUAAAAAGUUAAACGCUGACGCGAAAAGUGAAAGUGUGUAUACCCGUGAUUUAGAUUAACUAGCGACAACUACCUAUUAUUGUACUUGGAGGACACAAAGAUGACGAGGUGGUUGUUGGUUGAGUACCGUCGUAACUGCUGCUGCUGCUGUCUCAUCAAUACGAUGCCAACCGCCGACAACAAUGUGAGCUUGCACGAGCAAAGGCAUCACUCGCUUACGUAAGCCCGCUGCAGCUCUGCCUCCUCCUCCUGCGGCUGCUGCUGAUGUACAUACGUCCGCGUACGCGUUCUUUGCACAUAUAUGCAUAUAUAUGUAUUUAUAUUACGCUGCGAGAACUCAGUCGUGUAUGCGCGUGACCAUUCCUCUUUUUCAACAAUACACGACGUUACCGUAUAGAUACAUAUGCAUUAUAUUUAAUGUUUUCCCAAACUCGGCAAUAAAACGAAAAACAAUGUAUGAUUAAACAGCAACAACAAAAUAAUAAUAAUAAUAAUAAUAAUAAUAAUAACGCUGAGGAAUUAAGUGUGCGCGAGGUCUCGUCGGGGUUAAUGUAGCCGCAUGCAGUAGCAACAGCAGCGCAUUGUUAAUCGAUCACAAUAAGCUCGCACGACUCGCCAGUGCCAAGUACUUUUUUUAAUACUUACAGUUUAUCGGUGGCUAUCGUUGGAGGUGGGCAGUAACAGUAAUCAGGACUGAGGGUAUAUCCAUGCAGUUUGCACAAACACACGCACACACGUACGCUUGGAGAAUAAAUUGAUUGUGAACCUAUUAUUAUUGACAUACACGCGCACACGUAACACACACACACACACACACACACAGAGAGAGAGAGGUAUUAGAUAGAUAAUGGCGAUGAAGAGCCGGAAGUACGUGGGCUCGUCUUACCACUUCAGCUCGCCAAGGUAUUACCCAGCCAUAAGUCCGGCGUAUUGGGCACCGCAAGCACAAACUGCGCCCUACUCCGUUCCAGAUCGCAAACUGUUUGUGGGCAUGCUGUCAAAAAAGUUUACAGAGAACGACGUGCGCAACAUGUUUGACAUCUACGGGGAGAUCGAGGAAUGCUCGGUGCUGAGGGAGAGCGGGCAGAGCAAAGGCUGCGCCUUCGUAACCUUUGCCAGUAAACAGUCUGCCAUCCAUGCCAUCAAGGCACUUCAUCACUCCCAGACGAUGGAGGGUUGCUCAUCGCCGUUGGUGGUAAAGUUUGCGGAUACACAGAAGGAUAAGGACCAGAAAAAGUUGCAGCAGAUGCAGACAAACCUCUGGAAUAUCGCUGGAGUCAAUAUGACACCCCAUUACCUCACAACGCAGAACGAGACACCGUCGACGAUCGCUCCUACGGCAACGUCGUUGCAGCUCCUACAGCAGUUGCAGGCGAGCUCGGGAGCAACGCCGCCGGUUGCCUCAAAUCCAACACCAAGCGCAUUAACGAGCGUCCAGCACCAGCUACUGCUGCAACAGCACAUUGGUCUGGGGGCGGUCGCACCCUCGCCUGUUCAGACCUCGGCUGUUCACACCACCCAGGACAUCAACUCGGCCAAUCUGCAGGGCCUGGCGACAUUGGCCUCUCUUGGUAGCUCGGCCGGUGAGUACGAUGCAAGCGCCGGAGUGUCACCGAUAAGCAUGCAGAACCUUGUCACUCUUGCGGCCAUGACGGGUGGGACCAACAACCUGCAACUUUCACCAAACGCUCUAGGUGGAUUAACCAAUUCGUCAGCAGGUAUGUCACUAUCUGCUCUACUCGGAAAGACAGGAAGUACAGGGUCCACAGGCAAUAGUCUAAAUCCUGUUUCGUCGUUGGCGCUCAAUUCCUUGACGGGGGUUCCCCUGGGCGGCCUCCAGGACUCCAUCACCAAUGCCUACUCGAGUUUGCAGCAGUAUGCAGCUCUCAUUGGAAAAACUACCGUCACUGUGGAAAAGAAAGAGCUGCACAGAUUUCCGACGUUUGCACCUGCAGCGGCGUCGACGGCAGCAGCAGUUUCGGCAUCACCAACAUUCAAUGAUUUUCGUAUUCUGUCGAAGCAGAUUGAAGGUCCCGAGGGGUGCAAUCUCUUUAUUUAUCACUUGCCGCAUACCUACACUGACGCAGAUCUCGUAGCUAUGUUCAUGCCUCUUGGCAAUGUACUAUCGGCCAAGGUCUUCAUCGACAAGGAGACCAAAAAGAGCAAAUGCUUCGGCUUUGUGUCUUUUGACAAGCCCUCGAGUGCUCAAAAUGCUAUUCAGACGAUGCAUGGCUACCAAAUUGGCACAAAACGAUUAAAAGUCCAACUAAAGAAGUCAAAGGACAUGUCCAAGCCUUACUAGAUCGGUAUCGACAGUUAUUUCAACGACAGUGUCCUGUGACGUUGUGACCGUGUACACUUUCGACCGGAGUCGCCGUGCCAUGUCUGUCUCUCAAUCAGUAUGGUCUUUCAUUGUAUCCUGCACUCCUAGAUACCCCAUUCUCAAUCUAAAAAAAAAACCCCAUUUAUUUUCCUACUUUUUAAUCCCCACACAUGUAUACGCACACUCGGCCUUCAUCCGUUAAACAAAUUUUUUUUCUCAUUCUUUUUUUAUGCCUUUUGAAAACAAACAAACAAAAAAAAAAAAAA